AUGGCUCUUUGCAAAUAUUGCGAGGACAUCGACCCGGAUGUCAUCUGGAAGACAGACAUGAACAAUCUAGAAGAGUGUCCCCGGUUGGAUUAUGAUCUGCAGCGAUCCAGUUCCAUGAGGCUUUCGGCGCAGAACGGCUGUUCUGGAUGUCGCUUCUUCCUCGAAGUCCUCAGACGGGACGCCAGCGACGCCGAGGCUGUGGAAGAUGCCUUGCAGCGAGAUGAGCGGAUCUGGAUCCAAGCGCCGUUUCUUCUGACCAUUGACAUCGGCAAUGAUACAAGCCUUUGCGCUGCCGGUGCAAAAGGCCACUACGUCACCUUGAGUCACUGCUGGGGUCCUGACGGUGUCAAGUUUCUCUUGAAGAAGGCAAACAUCAAACAGCUACGAGGCACGAUUCACAUACAAGAUCUUCCGAAAUCUUUUCAAGAUGCUAUUACAAUCACCAGGCGAUUGGGAUUGCGGUUCUUGUGGAUAGAUGCCGUAUGCAUCAUUCAGGACAGCGUGGAGGACUGGGCUCAUGAAUCAGCUUGCAUGGCCGAGAUCUAUAGGAACGGGAUUCUGAUGAUAUCUGCUGUGGCAGCACCAGACAGCCAGCACGGGAUACUGGAACCGCGGGACAUUAUGCGUUCUCAUUGCUUUGGCAGGCACAAGGAAUUCGUCUUCCAGACACGGGAUCAUGUUUUCGACCCGAUGGAUGCGUAUGGUCCGCUACAUGACAGGGGCUGGUGCUUGCAGGAGCGAAUCAUGGCACCUCGAAUCCUGCAUUUCGGCAACCAGAAGCUUAUGUGGGAGUGUGUCAGCCAGCGUUGGGCUGAAGACACGGGAUUCGCCGUUCUUGAAUCAGAUGGACUCGGAGUACUCGGGACGAGAGUAUCUGCCAUGCCUUUCAUAUGGCCUCCGAAGCCAGGCUUGGAAAUGCCAGCGGGUGGUCCCUCGACAGGGCGACUCGCCGCGUUCUACCAAUGCAUCGAUGACUUCACGAAAAGAAAGCUCACGAAAAGGUCCGACAAGCUGCCCGCAUUCUCAGGACUCGCGUCCGCCUUCCAGACCCCGGAGCUAGGCGCCUACCUGGCCGGGCUAUGGGAGAAGGACUUGAUAUACGGCCUCAACUGGCGGACAAAGGCACCAGAAUCCGACGAAGAACUGUCCGAGGGUGAUGAAUACAUCGCGCCGUCGUGGAGUUGGGCCUCGAUGCGCGGCCGCUGCGAGGUGCGCGACACCCGGCACAACAUCGUCGACUUUCCACUUCGGCAAGACUAUUACGAGCGCUUCAAGACCUUCAUGGGCCCGCAGCUGCUCUCUUAUCACAUCGAUCUGGCGACGUCCGACCCCUACGGAAGGCUGUCCGCCGCGUCCAUCACCUUGCGUGGAUAUACCCGACCUCUGCUUGCAUGGCUAGAUCGGCCACAGGUCGGCUGGCCUCGGGGGGUGCUUCUGGAUCGCGCGCGAGCGUGGGGGCCAGGAACAGUUGAUGAUGGGUGCAUGUGGAUGUUUGGGCCUCCUCAUGAAUAUGCACCCUGGUCUCAUUAUGGAAAUCGGGACGAGCCAUCUGAAAGUGACAAGAGCAAGGCCAGCCGAUUUGUCGCCUUACCAGUUAGUCUGGUGUUCCCGGGCACAGGUAACUCGAGCACGAUAUUGUCAUUGCUUGUGCUUGAACCUGUCGAGGGGUUGGAGCAGACCUAUCGAAGGGUGGGACUAGGGGAUGUCAUUGCACCAAGUGAGAUGUCAUCGUUUCGUUGGGAGCAAAUGGACUUGACCCUCAUCUAG